AUGCCAUGUACAACAAUCAUCAAAAAUGGAGCAGGUCCAUCCGAUUCACAUGGUUGUCCUUUUAAACAAUUCACUCCAAUGAAUUUAACUCAAUUCUUAACUCAAUCUUAUGGUUUAAAUUCAAAUUCAAAUGAAAUUAAAGAUAUUUUAAAUUGGAAUAAAUCUUCUCUUUAUCAUUUAUCUUGUACUUGUGUUUUUGAAGUUCAUCACAAGAAAUAUGGAGUUAAAAAAGGUCAAGGUGUAGGUCAAACUGAAAGCGUCUCUCAUCCAAAUCGAUAUUUUGAAGCUAGUCAUAAACUGAGUCACCCUAUAGAAGAAGGAACCGCUAAGCCUACUUGA